AUGGUCCCAAGAUUAUCUUUGUUCGUUUCCAUCACCAUUAUUAUCGCCAUCAACAAAAUAAACCUGUAUGCCGCACCUCACUUCUUACAUCACUCAAACCCUGUGCGAAGGCCGAAGGCCGAAGUCCCAGUCGCCAAGAAGAAGAGAUCUCGGCUGUUUUGUUCGUAUUGCAAGAAGGCCAAUCACACGGCUGAAACGUGUCAUCUCGUUCCCAACACUAUUAUCAUCUUGAGCCUUGAGGGCCAGUUGGCCCCAAACGGAUGCACCUUCCGGGUUGCAACUGGACGGGUCGAGAAAAAGAAAAACAAGAAGAACAAUAAGAAGAAGAAGGCCGAUGAGAAGUUGGCAGAUAAGGUCUCUAAGGAGGUUGAGGCAAUGCAGCUGGAGUAA